UUGUGAGGACCAGCAUCGCCAAGUCCCCGACACUCCCCUCCCAGCUGGUGGGUAUGAAACUCCUUGCGCAGCUUCGGACAGAGCUCGCCAGCAGCACACUCAGGGGUCAAGCACCAAAAAGGUAAGGGAAUUUGCACACUUUUCUAACCAUAGAAUCUUAUUACCUCCGCUUUAAUGUCCUGCAGCAACAACGAGUUAGGUUAGAAGGGACUCAAGGACUUUUUCAGGAGCACCAAGCACCUUCGAUCCUUGUGCAAAUCGUUCAAUGGGAACUCUGGUUCCCUGACCAAAUCACUGCCAUUCCAUUGCAGCUGCUCAGUGCACGACAAAUGCACCGAUCGGCUUUCGCAUGGGCUGCUGAAAAGUGCAGACCAAAAUUAGCAGGACUGAUGGUGGGGAAAUUAGCAGGAGUUUAUAAAUAGAGCGAGGUGCACAAACCCUAGACAGACAGAUAGCAGGCGAAGGUUGAGGGCACGUGUCCAGAACCUUCUGCACGAUGCAGACGGCGACGGACGUCCGUGUCGUAGUCUCAUUUACUGCUCUACGGGGUAAACUCGAUCGAUCGAAGUUCGGUCAACAAUUGGCGACGGGGGAUUGGUUCUACAGGCGCAUCUGUUUCUUGCAACAAGGACUCGAGUUGAUCAUAUAUAAGCGUCUUGAACCUCUGGGUCCUGUAGAAGUUCUGAUCUGGUCGAGUAUUUCUUAGAGCAGAAUUGUGCGACUGCUGGAAAACAUCGUACCACCUCGAAAUUCAGCAGAAUUAAUCCUUCUGUCACCGUGCUGGCCGGAAGUGUGCGAGGUUUAUUGCAGAAACGAAGGCCUAGCCGAUACCAGCCAGUCCAGUCCAGUCCAGUCCAGGCAGUAGACAGUGAAGUCUCUAUGGCAUCUCUCGUCACUUCUCUUCAAUCUAUCACAACAAAACUAAAGUUGGAUUGUUACAAUGUGGCGGCGCAUACUGAGCUACCGGUUUGUCAACUACCGGUGAGGACGACAGUGUUAAAGAACAACGCUUUGAGUGGAUCAACACAAGGCUUCCCUCAGAUCCUCCAGCCUUUUGGCAGUCGCCGUCGUCGAACUUUUCCAACUGCGCAAGCCUGCACUCACCGUCAGUUCGUUCUCGACGCAGCCGUGGAGGAUGUGAGUGAAGUGACUCAGACGCCAGAGGAGCACGCACGAGAGCAGCAGUACAGAGAAAAGGCAAACGAGCCUCUGCAGAUAGGAGAGGAGAAUUCACUGCCCGGGAGCCCCGCAGGCGGCCGCCAGUACGACGAGCGAGAUCCCGAGACGCAGCUCUUGGAGGAAGAAAAGGGAGUAAUUGAAAAAGACAGAGCAGUCAUUGUCAAAGAAGCCUAUCUGAGUCCAUCGCCAGGGAAUGGUGCUGGAAAUUUCGAAAGAAAUCAAAAACGAGGGUGGAGUGAGAGUGCCUGUGAUGAAGGAGCUACAUUUGGCAACGAGAUCUCAGCUUCAGCGAGCAUUGGAAGCCUGUCAACGAUGGGAAACUCGGAAGCUUUGAUCGAUAGACUGCUGGAGUCUCUGCCCAUAUACGACCAAGGAACAUCGACAGAGCAUUACAGGAUCCGAGCAGUCGUAUACGGGAAGAUCGGCGAGUACUUCAGCAAAGGACAGGUCCGCGAUAACAACACUCUCGAGACCAAGCAAAAUGCAAUGGAUUCAGUGAAGAUGUUGACGGCCAUGCAGCAGCUGGCUGAUCUCAUCUUAGCAGAGGAGGGUCGUUCGGCUGCAGACUACAAUUGCCGAGCCCAAUUCUUUCAGAACAGUGCAGAGAUUUUCUGUUCUAGUGGGGAUGAAAGUAGAGCACCGAGUGCAACCCAAUCUUCUGAGAGUGGUGGGCAGAAAGUGGAGAGGAUCUUGCAGCAGCUGGAAGAUGGUAUGCUGAGCAGUAGUGGACGUUCUAUUGCUGAUUAUAACCGACGAGCAAAUGUGUUCGGCAAAACUGCCGACGCCGUCUCUGCCCGAAGGAGUGAAGCUGCGGCAGCAACCGAAUGAAACUUUCGAUGCAUAGUCUUCUGGAUGUACACUAAUAUUAGUUUUAGGUCUUGCACAUUUCCUAUGAAUGACACAUUGUCUGCCAAAGUUCAAACUUUCUUCCAUGGUUACUACAAUGCCAAGCAAUUUUGAUACGUUUGAGGUCCAAGUUUGUGUCAUAAAUUGCUGAAUGGGUGGAAGCAAUGGAUUUUGAAGCUCAAAUUUCAAUUGCAGUUGGUGAAGUUCAGAUAGAUGCAACAACUGACAAAAGUCGG